CCAAGCAAUUUCAAACAAUAAAAGAGAAAAAUCCAUUGAAGGCACGCCUAAGGAUUAUUUAAACCUUUAUGAAAAAUGCUGGUCUUCUGAUCCAGACAUGCGUCCAGCAAUGAACGAAAUUUUAGCUAAGUUUAAGA